GAUCAAUUGGCUCGAUAAUAUGUAUUUACAUUUAUGAUCCUUGAGAUUUCGUGUACACCAGACGAGUCACAUAUGAACAUUUUAUCAAUAAAACAUUUUCAUUAAAGUUAAACGCUUGGAUAAGUUAACUGCUAUCAAUAUAUUAUUAAUGAAGUACUUCGGAUUAAAUGAACACACAUCAAUUAUUAACCAUACAAAAAUUUGUAAUUAUCGGAGAGAAUUUGGUAAAAUAAAUGAGACAAUCACGAACGUAACUUGGAUAAAUCAAUAUAGACUAAAAUACAAUAAUAAGUUAAUGGAAACGCAAUUUGGGUGUACAUAGUGAUAAACCAACCGAGAAUAUACUAGAAUGGUACUCCAUGAAAACACUCAAUAAGCUUUAUAAGAGGAGCCAGAAAGUGAAGUGUUAAGACAAUACGAGCUGGAGAAUUCUAAGGAAUUAUCUAAUAAAAGGAAUCUGUGAUCAAUACAAGAUAAUAUAAAAAGCGUGAUUUAUAAUAUUAAGUUCACGAUGACAACCGCUAUCCCACACCCGGUGAUGUAUUCUACGCAUCAAACAGACUUCACGGGCUUUCAACCAAAGGUCACCGAUGAUACAAUAGCAACAACAGGAUUUGUACCUCACCUGGAAAGUUAUCAUCAGAAGGCUUCGUUGGAUGACCAAAUAAGGUGCGAAGAACUUAUAGAUCAAAUAGAAAAGACAUCUAGGCCACAGCGCCCCCUUUCUGGAACGCACAGGGUCACCCUCCCACCCAACUAUAGACGAGGCUACGCAGGGCCAACUCUUAAACGACCCCAAUCAGCUAUGGCUGCACUAGGCGAUAUGAAAAUGAAGAAUGCGGAGUUUUUAAACCCAUAUCAGACAACAUAUCACAAGGAAUAUUUUGAAAGAGAUACUCAACCGGCAGAUGCUGAGAGGCCGGGUUCUUCUCAAGGUUUUACAGCUUCAUAUGGCUUGUCGGAGCCUAUAGGCGAUACCACAUACGGUACAGAGUUCUCGGAUAAAGGGUACAUGAAACCAGAGCAGAUAAGAACUGGAAGUUCCAGUGGACACAGAAAAAACAACCCGCACCCCUUAAAGGCGUUUAUGGUUUGGAAAUUUCCAAAAGGCAUCAAGGGGGAACAACCCAAUAGUGAAUGGGCGACACAGCUGACCGAUGAAAUGAUGGAUAAAGUUUGUAGGGGAAAGACAAAAUCAACAUACCAGUCAGACUUCAUGGGAAUCCCUCAAGGUUUCCAAGUAAAGGAGGCGUUUGAUGUUAAGGAUGACUGGAGAUCGAAUGUUCCUUAUACAUUGGACUCGUGUAAAAGAUGGAGCUACCAAAAGCCCAACCAACAAGCCAUACUUAAAGAAAACACAACCAGAUAUGGGUGCAAUAAAAAUAAAACGAUUCCUGUUGCUGGAACAGUGCCAACCGUUUCAAUGAGGCAAUUACACCUGAAGAAGAGUACAACAUAUGAACGAGAAUACAACAAUAGACUACGAGAAAACAUACAGGGCGCCAAGGAAUACCAACGUAUAUAUCCAGGAACAGAAAAUUUAAGAAGAUCAAUAGAAGCAACUGGAACAUCAAGAGAAAAGUCAGCCCUUCAGGGUCUUAUCAAAACUAGUCGUGCCCUAGGUAGCCCUGGUCGCGUCACCUCCCGGGGGAGAGAAGAAACUCCAAAAUGGAUGUCAUCAUUCGUUGGGCCUAUGUAAUAGCAAGGAAUACCCGUACAACGACUUAAUGUGAUAUGGAAUUACCAAAAACAGUUUUGAACUCUAUUUUCAUAUAUUUGGAUAUCUGUGAUGUGGACAUUAUUUUGCAAACGAAAGUCGUGUAUCAAUACCCACUUUGUAUUGAAUCCCUCUAUUACAUGCCUAUUAUAUAAAGGGAAU